GGAGGCGCACAGGAGGCAGAGAUGGAGGAGGGGAGGAGAAAGACAGAAUGCACAAAAGUUGAGUGGAGGAAUGUGAGUUGGUCUGGAGGGUAAUAAAGGCGUCCUGAUGGGAGAGGAGUUUUGGAGGCAAAAGGAAAUUCUGACAUAAAGAUACGCGUCGUGAUUCCAAAAAUAACAGCGCUCUGGUUGGGCUUUAGGCGCUGCAACAGCCUAAUACACGUUCAGGAUUAUACUAAACAGUUUUUGAGCUUAAAGAAGUGGGGGAAAAGAAUUUGAAAAAGAAGAAAGGAAGAAUUAACUGCUUGUGCUGCUUUUGGAAACAGAUUUCAGCAGAUGACAAUUUUGGGGACAACUUGUCAGCUGCUAUUUUGAGCCUGAGGAUUCGAGUUUUCCCCCCAACCGCUGAGGAAUCUGUGUUUGCCCCAGAAGAGUCGCUCAUCUGUGGAGAGCUGAAACGAUGCGAUGGUGAUGCGAUCCGUCACUGAUUCCCACGCGACACCGACGCUGAACAGAAUGCGCGUCUCGAGCUUGACUCUGCUGCUCGUGACGGUGACGCGCCUCGGGGCCGCGGAGCGUCUGUCAGGGUUACAUUUCGUGGAGAGCCCUAAGAACGUGACCUCCUCUCUUGGGAAGCCAGUGGCUGUCCAGUGCGUCCUGCGAGCGGACGGCGAGGACCAGGGGCCGCUGGAUGUGCUCUGGCUGAAGGAGGGACAGCCGCUGGAGUUUGCCGACACCAACCAGAUGCAGUUACCCGAAGAUGAGAACGGCUGGCUGGUUUUUAGUGAACUCAAGAUAGAGGAGGUGCAGCUCUCAGAUAUGGGCUCCUAUCAGUGUGCGGUGUCCUCUGGUGAAGAGGAGAUAUUAUCCAUGGAGGGACACAUUGAACUAGAAGGUCUCCCGCAUUUCUCGGUAGAGCCUCAGGAUUUGUCAGUCGUAGCUAACGAAGAGCUGAGUCUGCGCUGUGUGGCUCACGGUCCUCCUGAUCCUGUGCGGGUCAUCUGGCUUCAGGACGGAGCUCCUCUCAAUAACCUGAAGGACCCCAUAUCCCUGUCCCCCUCAACACUCAACAUCUCAGGUUUGAAUAAAACCAGCUCUUUCUCCUGUGAAGCACACAAUCGUAAAGGUGUGGCAUCGUCUGGCACAGGUGUGGUGACCGUUCUUCCUUCCCAGCCCCAUGACAUUAAAGCUGAAGAAAUCACAAAUUCAAGUAUCCGUCUGUCUUGGCACAUGGGCUUUGGAGGAAUCUAUCCCAUCAGCCACUGCAUUGUUCAGGUCAAAGCUUCUGGUGAAGACUCUGAUCAGGUCAUCUCCAGUCAGACGGUCAGCGCGCCGGUCAUCAGCUGUCUGAUCUCAGAUCUGGAGGUCUUCAGCCAGUAUGAUCUCAGAGUGGCCUGCCGGAGCAGUCAGGGCGUCUCCAACUGGACGGCCUGGAUGAGCGUCAGCACCAGUGAAGGAGUUCCCGAUACAGCCCCGGACAAUAUGACAGCUGUGGUCAACGGAACAGAAGUGCUCCUGAGAUGGUCAGAACCUCCUGGAAAGAUGAACGGACAGCUGCAGGGAUACAUGAUGGAGUACAGCGCACCUAACAUGGAACAGGUUGUGGUGGACACAGGUUUGGACACAGAGCUGUUUGUCAAUCUCUCAGCCCCCCUGUCGAAUGUUUCCUUCAGAGUGUGUGCGUACACCGGAGCGGGACAGGGGCCCUGGACGCCCCUCCAAACCAUCACACUCAUCCCUGCAGAAACAGGGCAAUCCAGAGGUAUCUCGAGUCCUCCGGCGUUCUCCUGGCACUGGUGGUACGUGGUCAUGGCCAUCGCCGCCGCCGUCGCUCUCGCUGUGCUCUUGGCCGUGUACGUGACCAGGCUGAGGCGGAAGGAGACACGCUUUGGUGAGGCGUUUGAGCCCAUGAUGGAGAGCGGUGAACUCGUCGUUCGAUACCGAGCUCGUCGAACGUACAGCCGACGCACAGCAGAAGCCACACUGAACUCUCUGGGGAUCAGUGAUGAGCUCAAGCAGAAGCUACAGGACGUGAUGGUGGACAGACACAAGCUAACACUGGGAAAAACACUCGGGGAAGGUGAGUUCGGCUCUGUGAUGGAGGGUUCACUCACUCAGGAGGACUCUGUGCUCAAAGUAGCAGUGAAGACCAUGAAAAUCGCUAUCUGCACUCGCACUGAAAUGGAAGAUUUCCUGAGAGAGGCGGCGUGCAUGAAGGAGUUCGAUCAUCAGAACGUCAUGCGGCUUCUAGGUGUGUGUCUGCAGACGGUGGAGAGUGAAGGCUAUCCGUCUCCUGUGGUCAUCCUUCCCUACAUGAAGCACGGUGACCUCCACAGCUACCUGCUGUACUCCAGACUCGGAGACGCGCCCGUGUAUCUGCCCUCUCAGAUGCUGGUGAAGUUCAUGACGGAUAUCGCCAGAGGAAUGGAGUACCUGAGCGGAAAAAACUUCAUCCACAGAGACCUGGCAGCUCGAAACUGCAUGUUAAAUGAGAACAUGAAUGUGUGCGUGGCGGACUUUGGCUUGUCUAAGAAGAUCUAUAAUGGAGACUACUACAGACAAGGGCGCAUCUCUAAGAUGCCUGUCAAGUGGAUCGCCAUCGAGAGUCUGGCGGACAGAGUGUACACCACUAAGAGUGACGUGUGGUCAUUUGGAGUGACAAUGUGGGAGAUCGCCACUCGAGGUCAGACACCGUACCCUGGAGUGGAAAACAGUGAAAUCUAUGAUUAUCUGAGGCAGGGCAACCGUCUGAAACAGCCUCCAGACUGCCUGGACAGCAUCUAUUCCCUGAUGUUUUCCUGCUGGCUGUUGAGCCCGAAGGACAGGCCGAGCUUCGAGAUCUUGUGCUGCGAGCUCGAAAAGGUCCUGGAAGAUCUUCCGAGCCAAGACCCAGAUGAGAUACUCUAUGUCAAUAUGGAGGAGACCUUCGGAGAGCUGGGGGCCGUGGGGGGCUGGGACCCCAUAAUGGGGGUCCCGUGUGCUCUCGGGGCCCUGAAGGGUUCAGGCUCAGUGGCCACUGUAGAAGUCCACCCCCCCAGCCGCUACGUGAUCUGCCCCCAGCAUGAGAACCAGCGCCUCCUCAACGCCGACUCCAUGGAGAGUCUGAACCUGACGGGGUUCGUUCCCACGCCACUGCUCCAGCCCUCGUCCUGUUCCACCCCAGUGCCCUGUGAAGGGCCGUCCCCGGAGGAAAGAGAUGAAAAGAAGAAAGUGCCGUAGCAGGGAUGAUGCUGCCGCGGCUGACAGGGACCGAGACUGCCUCUGGUGGAGAGCUGAGCUAUCAUUUUGCACAAACACGCCACACACUCCACCAGACAUUCAGUGUUUAAAGUGAAUUAUGUCUUUUUUAUGCUUUUCAGACAAACAUAUUUCCUUUUCAUUCCAUAUUGUUCUUUAUAUUCAGUCUGUGUCAUGAGAAAUCAAAUGAAUCAUAGUUUUUGUCUUACAAAGUGAUAAGUUUCCAGCGACAAGUAAUUUGUCUGUCCACACUGACAAGUGAUGUCACAGCAUCAACCCAUAUUGCCGAUCAUUAGUGUGAGUAAUGUUUGCUCAUAUCUAUGCAGGGCUUCAUACUUACUGCACGAUUUUAGCACCGAUUUUCACUGACCAACAGUUUAGUGGAAAUCAAAGACAAGUGCCCGAAAUUGCAUCGUGUCCUGUGUCCUGCAGUGUGAAAUGUGUUUUGACUGGAAAUGACAUCAGCGAUGACCUACAGCCAAUGAGAGAGCAAGAUACAGGGCAGAGGGAAGUUCAGGGGGAGGAGUCAUUGACCUGCAACAGAACACGCAUGGCUUCUGCAAGCCACCAUCGUCUCUUCAGGUUUAUUUUAUUUUUUACUGCAAACCAGCAGACAGACAACUUGUAUAGCAAGCUUCUUGUGGGCUACAGUUUCUAACAGAAAGAAAUCCAGGCUCGCGGGAGGUGGCCUUACAUACUGUAUCACUUCUCACGAGGGUUCAAUUGUGAAAUGUAGUUCGUAGACCAGAGUUGUCACUUGAAAGGUUGUGUAAUGAGUGAACCUCUGUCGUGUCGUGUGCACACAACAGCAACUAGACGGUGCUAGAUUGAACAGCAGUCCGGCGACUUUGAGAAUCGUGCAGUGUGUUCCCGGCAUUAGGGUUAGUGAUCUGAAUAACCCCAAACCUCUGUGUCUUACACUUUGGUGAUGGACAUGAAUGAUCCCUUAAAUUGUACGGUUUGUUUAGGACAUGUAUUACUUUAUUUACUUAUGUAAAGUAGUUACUUACUUAAAGACAAUUAGUUUAUAAAAAGAAAGAGACAUGGGAGUGGGCUUUUUUUAACCCUAGCACCACCAAGAACACCCUAGUAAAUGCAUGGCAUUGCCUUAAUCUGGAAUCUGACCAGUUAAAGCCCCUUUUCUGUAAGCUUUAAGUUCAAAGUAAAGUUAGCUUUCUGCUGAUAUUCACACAAUAUAUUCAUCAUCAACUCAGGAGAUGCUUGGAUUUACUAUGUCCAAUGACACAAAGGUCAGAUUAAGUGAAUGCUGUAAACUAGCUUGAUGCUGCCAGUCUCCAGAAUGGGACAGAACUGGUCAAAGUCUGAAUCUGUUUCUGUUCUAGGAGACAUUUUACUCACUCAAGUCUCCUGACCAGCAUCUUUAUCCAAAGAAACAAUUGGAGGAUGACGAUAGUAUUCUGCGUUAGGUCUAAUGUCAAACCAAAUCCUCAAUGAUCAUGUGUUUGACCUACAGACACACUCUAGCAAACCUCCAGGUGAAUGCAGACAUUUUUAUAACUCUAUUUCAGAGGUUCUGAAUCAGCAGGUUUUUUUAACAUUGAUUUGAGACCAAUUUUGUGGUUUCUUUUAAGGUUUAGAGGAGUAGAAUGGGCAGUAGACUAGAUUUUCAACCGGUCUUUGCUCAUCAGAGGCCCUGCCCCAGACUCAAGCACAGUGUUUUCUUGUUUCUUAAUGUUUGUCUGUUUUUUUGUAAAUUUUAUAUUUUGCACUAAUCAAUUUUGUCAUUUUAUUGUUUGUAUUUCUUUGUUUAUGCAUUUUGUUUAUCUGAUAUGGACUUGUAGACAAUGUAAUGAUGUACAUUUACCAUGAUAUUAUCAUGUUAUGAUAAUAUAAAAAAAGGCUGUUUCAGAAUGUUCAAAUACAGAUGAUUGUUAUUUUGCAAUUCUUUAAAACAUUUUAGAAUGCUAAAUAUGGUUAUUUGUUCAAAUAAUUUCUUCCAAUAUAGCCUUUAAUAUAAUCUGACAUUUAAAUAACUGAAAUAGAUGCUCUGAAACAAACAUCAUAGAACCAAUGUUUGAAAAAUAUUUGGUAUGGUCUUUUUUUUAUUAUUGUUUCACUGUAAUGUGGUACUAAGAUUGACUGACUGAAGAUAGACCAAAAUGAAUAUUACUGCCCCCUCUACAAAAUGUUCUGUCAGUCACCUUGUGUGUAAAUUUUCAUGCUCACAUUUUCAGCACAUUUUUCAAUCACUGUCUUUCAUGAUGAGAAACACUGUGUUUAAAUAUGUGGAUUUGAAGUCUCUCAGUUGACCUCAGUUGAACCGGACAAAUUCAGCUGCAUUCUGUAUUCUGUAUGUAAUAUUACAAAUUCUUUUUGCCUGACAGUAAAUCUGCCAGUGAUGACCAAAUGAUGGAGAAGAGCAUUAUAAUUCAUCCAGGUGUGCAGUGUAAUAAAGCUAUUCAUAAAGCAAA